UCUAUAAUGGCUCGGGUACUAUUUUCACUUUGUCUGCUGCUGCCGGCAGUUUUAUUCAUGAAAAUGGUAAUGGCUACUAGCUUUGAUGAGGAAGUCGUGCUACACCAUGAGAAGGACCCGGAUCCUGAUCGCGAGAAGUACAUUUGGAAUCCAUUUCCGGGAUUCUGUGGCGUCAACGCCACAAUGCAGAGAUGUGCCGGAGUUUGUCCCGAAACCUGUGCCUUCAAAUCCCUGAAAUGUGCCACAUACUGUGGCGUAAAUUGUGUGUGCAAGCCUGGCUAUAUCUUUGAGGAGGACCUUCAACUUUGCAUCUUGCGAAAGGAGUGUCCCCAAGGCACUACGCAGCAAGUUGUGGAAACCCAUCGUGUGUUUCAGUAAAAACCGUGACGUAACACUUUGAAUUAAGUUCAACAAUUUGAAUAAUAAACAUAUAAA